AUGUUGCUUAUAAACGCUCAAGUCUUGCCAAGAAACACCAAGACAUGCAUCCAUCAACGCCCAGCACUAACAUCACUACGAUCCACCAUCAACAUCAUGAAGCCCUUUAAGCGACUCAUCGAUGCCGUCUCCGGGUCACGUAACAACCCUGAACAGACCAACAACACUAUCCCCGUCUUCAUCGACGAUGAGAUUGCAGAAAUGUUUGUGGACAAACUCAUCAGCGAGAUCGAGGUCGAGAACAAAACCAACAACAACAAUGACAAAACAAAAGAUGACGAGUUCACAGAGGCUGACGCUAAUAUAGAUGCAAGGCUUGUCCGACUCUUCAACGCUGACAAGAAUCCCUGGCCCGAAGACCCCUCUUACCGAGCCAUGAGAGUCACAGUCCAGAUGCCACCAACAACUCCAGUGCCAGAACGUCUAGCGAGCACCUACGCGUCUAGAGGAGAGAAAGCCUGGGCUAAAGUUAUUGGGUGGGGGAGGUUCCGGCUAACAGAGGAAUACCCUGGUGGUGAGUUCUAUGAUCUCAGGGUGCUGCCCGGAGAAAGCAGGAUAGAGUGGGUCAGGCCUGUACCUAUCGACCUGGCGACGAAGUCGAUCACUCUCGCUGACCCCCUUCAGCUUGAAAAGAAGAAAAAGGAGUUCGACUUGGCUGGUUUGGAAAAGGCUCAACAUUGA